AUGUUGUCCAGCCCUACAGUUACCUUGGUUGGUGCGCUGUCUGUGGCCUUCUUGGUCGUACGCUACUUCGCACAACUACAUCACCACCGUAAACAAUCCAAAGCCCUACACUGCAAGCCUGCCCGUUCGGGCUCCUCAGGUUUCUUCGGUAUUCCAGGUUUUACCCGAUUGACCAAGGCUGUUCGUGAAAAGCGCUGGAUCGAGCAUCUCUACAACGAAUAUACUGUCUAUGGAAAUACCUACAAACAGACAUUCCUCUCUCGCAAUCUAAUCACCACUAUCGAGCCUGAAAAUGUCAAGGCAAUUCUCGCUACCCAAUUCAAAGAUUUCUCUCUUGGAACACGACACCAGCAAUUCUACCCACUCCUGGGCGAUGGCAUCUUCACUCUCGAUGGUGCGGGGUGGUCUCAUGCGCGCGGAUUAUUACGCCCGCAGUUCACUAGAGACCAGGUCGCCGAUCUUUCUAUGUUAGAUGAUCACAUCUCCAACUUGAUCGACCUUAUCCCCAAGGACAGAAGCAGUUUCGACAUCCAACGUUUAUUUUUCCUGCUGACCCUAGACUCGGCAACGCACUUCCUAUUUGGGGAAUCGGUAGGCGCACAAGGUUUCGCCCACGCGUUUGGAACCGCUCAGGAUUAUCUCGCUGCACGGAGUCGCGCCCAGGGUCUGUACUGGGUUGUCAAUCCCAAGGAAUUCCGCGAGGCAAGUCGACAGGUUCACGAAGUCGUCGAUCACUAUGUCAAUCUCGCUCUCGAGUCGAAACGUGACCCCGAAAAGAAGAUCGACGGUCGGUAUAUCUUCCUCGAAGCACUGGCGGCCGACACUGAUGACCCCAAAAUGCUACGCGAUAACAUGCUCAAUAUUCUAUUGGCUGGUCGCGAUACCACGGCCAGUCUGCUAAGCUCGACGUUCUUCUACCUUUCGCGUCACCCUAACGUGUGGAACCGGCUGCGCCGCGAGAUCGUGGAGGUGUUCGGAGAUGCGAAGAACCCGCGGUCGGAAAUGACUCAAACCAAGUUGAAGGAUAUUCCUUAUCUGCGAUAUGUGUUGAAUGAAGUUCUUCGUCUCCAGCCUCCCGUCCCUGUCAACUUCCGCGUUUCGACAAAAGACACCUCCCUACCAGUCGGCGGUGGCGCUGACCAGCAAUCCCCGGUCUAUAUCAAGAAGGGCACGAUGGUUGCCUACAGCGUCUACGCUAUGCACCGCCGGACCGAUCUACGGGGUAAAGGACGCGACUUCCUUCCGGCCCGAGCGCUGGGAGGAAAACGCGAAGCAUGGCUGGGAAUACCUUCCUUUCAAUGGCGGCCCGCGCAUCUGUCUUGGACCUACACCGUCGUUCGUCUGAUGCAGCGCUUCGAUACCCUCGAAAACGCGGACCCUCAUCCUCGAGAGGAGCCUAUUAAGCUAUCUAACCUGACGAUGUCGCAUGAUCUUGGCGUGCCUAUUCGUUUGUACUCUUCGGAUAAGAUUUAG